UGGCGCUUAUCCUUUUAAAAGGAAAGAGGUGACUUAGGACCCAUCAACCAGACCAUUACAGCUCUGCUUAGAUCUCUCUAUCUAUAACCACAACUUACUACUGACACUUCAUCUUCUUAAAAACCUCUCCUUUCUUGUCGAUUUCUCCGACCCAUUAGAUCUUCCCUUCAAAACACCCUGAAAAAAGACAAUCUUUUUAGUUUUGUCUUGCUGAAUUCUCUGUUCUGCGUGACCCAACAACACUGGUGAAGUUAGAGAUCUGUGUUCUUCUUGUCUGAAAUGGGGAGCUCAAUGGAUGAGAAAGUGGUUGCUGUGAUCAUGGUCGGUGGUCCAACCAAAGGUACUCGAUUCCGACCAUUGUCCCUGAAUAUUCCAAAGCCUCUGUUUCCUAUUGCGGGACAACCAAUGGUGCAUCAUCCAAUUUCAGCGUGUAAAAGGAUUCCAAACUUAGCUCAAAUCUAUCUUGUUGGUUUCUAUGAGGAAAGGGAGUUUGCACUUUAUGUCUCUGCCAUCUCCAACGAACUCAAAGUUCCUGUCAGAUAUCUGAGAGAAGACAAGCCACAUGGUUCUGCUGGUGGUCUGUAUCACUUUAGAAAUCUAAUCAUGGAAGAUGACCCGUCUCAUAUCUUCCUGCUCAACUGUGAUGUUUGCUGCAGUUUCCCCUUGCCUGAAAUGCUCGAGGCUCAUCGGGAAUAUGGUGGAAUUGGAACACUUCUUGUGAUCAAGGUCUCUCCUGAAUUAGCCAGCCAGUUUGGAGAACUGGUUGCGGAUCCAGUUACUAAUGAGCUGCUUCAUUACACCGAGAAACCUGAAACUUUUGUCAGUGACCGUAUUAACUGCGGUGUUUAUGUAUUUACACCUGACAUUUUUACUGCCAUAAGAGAUGUUUCUUCUCAAACGAAAGAUACAGCAACUCUGAGACGUGUUUCCAGCGUUGAAGCUCUUCAACCGGCAACAAGGAACUCCACGGAUUUUGUAAGACUGGAUCAAGACAUCCUUUCACCUCUAGCUGGGAAGAAACAGCUAUAUACUUACGAGACUAUGGAUUUCUGGGAGCAAAUUAAAUCUCCUGGAAUGUCGCUGAGGUGCUCGGAACUCUAUCUUUCUCAAUUCAGGUUGACCUCACCACAAGUGCUGGCUAGUGGUGAUGGAACAAAGAGUGCCAUAGUGAUUGGUGAUGUUUUCAUACAUCCUUCUGCAAAAGUACACCCAACUGCCAAGAUUGGUCCCAACGUCUCAAUCUCUGCAAAUGCUCGUGUUGGACCGGGUGUCAGGCUUAUCAGCUGUAUCAUCCUUGAUGACGUUGAGAUCAUGGAAAAUGCAGUGGUGACUAACGCAAUUGUUGGGUGGAAAUCUUCUAUCGGGAGAUGGUCACGUGUCCAGGCUGAGGGAGUCUACAACUCCAAACUCGGAGUUACAAUUCUCGGAGACUCGGUUGCAGUUGAAGACGAAGUUGUGGUGACCAGCAGUAUCGUUCUUCCAAACAAGACACUCAACGUCAGUGUUCAAGACGAGAUCAUCUUGUAACUGAAGAAACGAACAACCCCUGUGGAUCCAUACCAUGUCCCUGUGGACUAUAGAAUCACAGGAGCAAGUAUUGGGGAAGUAGUUCACAUGAAUCAUUUAUUUACAUCAAAAUUGCCAACUUUGCAUCAGACUCAAUCAUCUAUACUCACACACAUCUAUUGUAAAACGCACUGACUUUUUGGCCCAUGAUAAUAAAGCAAUUGUGUAAUUUAGCA